UUUUUUGGUCCCCUCCCCUCCUCUUGGUCGGCAUCUGGCCUCGCGCGAUGAUUAGAUUAAUUAGAUCGUACUGUUAGGAUUGUCUAGUUUGUAGGAAUCGACUGACUUAUAUUUGUUAUUAUGGCUUCCUUGGUUGCGGAUUACGGGACUUCUUCCGGUUCGGACGGCGAGACAGAUGAUGACGUUUCGGAUAAUGCCUUUAAGGGAGUGGAGAAGAUGGAAUCAGAUGGAGAGGACGAAGAAGAAGAGAAUAACAAAGAGGAGAACAACAGGGAUAAUGGUGGACACGUAAGAAUAACUGAAACAACAGCUUCCAAAGAAAAGCUUCCAUUACCCACGCCAGAUUUCAACAGCGCGUCCACGUUACUGAGGACUUCAGUAUUCCUGAAUCCAUUUGUUGAAGCGGAGCGAGCAAAGAGCGCAAUUCUGGAGAAGCAUGUAAAGAUGACGCCUACAUUAGACGACACGAAGAUGAUAAACGGUCGCAAGAUUUGCUGGAACUAUCGGAAGGGUCGUUGCCGUUUCGGUCACAAUUGUACUUUCGCUCACGACUCGGAUCUGCAUCGUAGCGCGGCUGAAUUGGAGGCCCUACGAACGCCACAGGAAACGCUGGUCUGUCAAACUCGGUAUAACGGACAGCAGCAGCAGCAGCAACAACAACAACAGCAACAGCAGGUACUGCCGCCCGCAAACGACGACGAGAAUGAGGUAGAUCAGGAGAACAAUCAGACAGCGAACAGAAAGCGUAAGAAAAGGCCCGGCCUGUGCCAAUUGUUGCUUCCGAGUAAGAAAGUCUAUAAGCAGUUUAAAGCGCAACAACAGCAACAACAAACCAAAACUAGAUGAAUACUAUUUCUUUAUUUGAUAUAAUAAUAGGUUGAUGAAAUUGUCUUCUAGCCGAGUUGUUAUAUAUUUUUUGCGAAUCAGAAAAUACGCGCAUUAUGCAUCUCUCCGAAAUAUUGAACAGACCUUCCCGACGCUUUUAAUAAACAAAAAUUAUGAAAGAAAUUUGGCAAGACAGAAAUUGUGAGAAAGUAAAAAUUAUAGGAGAAAAGAUCAUAGUGAAUAAUUUUAAAUUCAUUCGUAUAAUUAUGCUUUUGAGAAUCGAAUUUUCAUCUUUUAUCAAAAAACAAAAUGAAACCCAUUAACGUAUAGCGAUGAGACUAACCGAGCUUUUGCAUAUCUCAUCUAAGGUCUAGUUUAAUAUUUAAUUAAAAGAUUGCGCAAACAAAAUAAAUAGGUAUAUAAAGGAAAAAGAAAAAAUUCCGACUUAUGCUUCCAAUAUGAAGAAACAUACGAUGUGUAGAAUAGGAACUUUUAAUUAAGAGAAACUUUUGUCUCAUAUAAAUUCGCAAAAGACUACCUAAUGUGUGCACAAAAUAGGCGCAUAUUGCACCUUCUUAAGAUUCGUCUUUUGUAACGCAAUGAACACGUAAAUCAUGUCUUCUUGUUAUUUCGUUUUUUCAUGUUUAUCAAUUUAAUUAUUUACUAAAUAUUUGAUAAUACUGUUUGUGAGAAUACCAAAUAACAUUUUACGAUUGAAUCUAUACAUAGAGUAUGUAAUAUCAUGAGUCCGACCGAAGUCACAUUUUUACUUCCGGCCGAAAGCGAAAACGAAUAUUUGGUUGUCAUUCAAUUUCGGCCAAAAACGAAACUAAAACCGAAACUUAUAAAUAAGUUUUAUUAAAAAAAAAGUGAGAGAGAGAAGCUAACGGAGUCACUUUAUUUUCAGCCGAAGUCGAAAUCGACAUUUUUUUAAUUAAUUUUAUAGAGACUAUGAUUUUC